GUUUCAAAAGUUGUUUAAAGCGUUUCGCACGGCAAGACCUUCGCUGCUCUUUUUAAAGCAGGACCUCAGGAGAGAUGUUUUAAAGGCAGCAAUUAUGUUUAAUUUUCAUUAAGAAAAAAGUUAUAUCCUCAGAUAUGCGCGUUGGCUUCGUCUGCCUGGCUAAGGUAUUGUAACACCUCCGAUCUGUUUGCUAACGAGCAACGUGAAGCAUUAUGAAGCUCUGCUGCUGCUUAGUCAUGGAUCAAAGAUUAGGAAGGCGGAGUUUCAGCAGCACAUCUCAUUGGAUGGUGAAACUAGUUAGUACUCUUAAAACUGUUAAGUAUUUUACUGAAACUUAGAGAUAAGGAGUUAUGGCAACCCAAACUAAGCCUCUUCUCCAUGGAUACUUCAGAAGUUCCUGCUCCUGGAGGAUUCGCAUCGCUUUUGCCCUCAAGGGUAUUGAGUAUGACCAGGUUCCAGUCAAUCUAAUCAAAGACGGCGGCCAGCAGCUGACAGAGAAAUACAAGGCAUUAAACCCAAUGCAACAAGUGCCUGCAGUCGAAAUCGAUGGCAUCACCAUUUCUCAGUCACUGGCAAUAAUCCAAUACAUUGACGAGACUCGACCGGGACUUCCGCUUCUUCCAGCGGACCCGAAGAAACGCGCCCAGGUUCGGAUGAUAAGCGACGUCAUUGCCUCUGGGAUACAGCCGCUGCAGAAUUUGCACGUGCUCAAUAAAGUAGGAGCAGAAAAGUUGCAGUGGGCACAGUACUUUAUUGAACGUGGUCUUCAAGCUCUGGAACCUAUUUUGAAACAGACAGCUGGGAAAUACUGUGUAGGCAACGAGAUAUCUAUGGCUGAUAUCUGUCUGGUGCCGCAAGUCUACAAUGCAGAGAGGUUUAAAGUGGAUGUGGGAUGUUACCCAACAAUCAAAAGGCUAAAUCAAACCUUACUUGAGAUGGAAGCGUUCCAAGCAAGUCAUCCGACUUGCCAGCCAGACACGCCUGAGGAGAUGCGUGUGUAGAAUCACAUCAAAUAAAGGGAGGUGAAAUUAAA